GUGACGUGUUUCCGGCGGGGAGCUGGCGGGUGCCGCGGAGGGCAGCGGGUGUGGCGGCGGCCCGGGGCAGCCGCAGGCGAUCCGUCUUCAGCCAUGUCUUUCAUUUUCGAAUGGCUCUACAACGGGUUCAGCAGCGUCCUGCAGUUUCUGGGUUUGUACAAAAAAUCAGGAAAACUGGUGUUCCUGGGCUUGGAUAAUGCAGGCAAAACCACUCUGCUGCACAUGCUGAAAGAUGACAGGCUGGGGCAACAUGUGCCCACGCUACACCCCACCUCAGAAGAGCUGACGAUUGCUGGAAUGACCUUUACGACUUUCGAUCUGGGUGGACAUGAACAAGCUCGCCGGGUCUGGAAGAAUUACCUGCCAGCCAUCAACGGGAUCGUCUUCCUGGUGGACUGUGCAGACCACUCGCGGCUCAUGGAAUCCAAAGUGGAGCUUAAUGCACUAAUGACAGAUGAAACAAUAUCCAACGUGCCAAUCCUUAUCUUGGGUAACAAAAUCGACAGACCAGAGGCCAUCAGCGAGGAGAAACUUCGGGAGAUCUUUGGGCUCUAUGGGCAGACCACGGGAAAGGGCAACGUGCCGCUGAAGGACCUGAACGCGCGUCCCAUGGAGGUGUUCAUGUGCAGCGUGCUGAAGAGACAAGGCUACGGCGAAGGCUUCCGCUGGUUAUCGCAGUACAUUGACUGACGGCAGGAUGGACAGAAGGGUUUUUACUCCUCUGGACUGAUCCUCUUCGCAGCUUCCUACGGACUUUUCUAUCAGGACGCAGAAAGCUUUCUGACCUGGCCUUGACCAAGAGAGACUCCUGGGUUUUUUUGGCUGCCCAAUAGAUCAAUCACACAGUGGUGACACAACUCUUUUGCUGGUGCCACCCGCAGGGAAGAAGGAGAGAGCAGGUGUCACCGCCGCGCUGGGCUGCCUCACGCAGACUGAAAGGAAAACACACAGCAGAAAAAAAAGCAAUUAUAUUUUUUAAAGAAAGCGUUAAUGUCAACAGCCUCCCUUCUAAAGUUUUUCGUUUAACAUUCACUUUAGCACAGAGCCCGGUGAGUGUUGGGUGGUUUGGGGUUUUUUUUCUUUUUUUUUUAAAUAUAUUUAACGAUAUUUAGGUAUUUCAGCCAUUACUGAAAGUAUCAGCGGGAGUAGAGCCCCCUCAAUAAACGUAGCAUUUGGGCUUAA